UCAUCUACUCUCAUUAUAUCCGACCACCAUGCCUAUUUUAAUUGGUAGCCAGCCAUCGUUGCACUGAUCAUGCCUGAUGGAUACAAUACACAAAGAAUAUAUUGCGUGUGUGUAGUAUAGCGGUUGUACGUGUACAAUGCGAUCCUUACACUUAUCAAAUUGGCAUUUUUUACACAUAAGAUGGGCUACCUUCAUCUCCGAUUAGGUGUGUGAAGAAAAGCUUCACCCACAAACUCCAGCUCCACUACUCUGUGUGUAGGCCUAGUCGUUUUACGUUGAUAUCGUGUGCGGUGUUGAUGGCAUUAUUACUAGCUGGGCUCUCGUGAAAUCAUCACUUUUACCAACAGAUUAACUUUUCUGCAACAGACUAGCGCCGGUACCAGAAAAACUAUUCACCAUGGCUAUGGACGCCCAGGACAGAUGCUACAAGAAAGUGGCCUUCACGAUCGGAAAAGCCCUCUCCCCUGAAGAAAUCCAUGACUUCAAAUUUCUGUGCAAGGACAUUCCAGGUUUCACCCAAACAGACAUUGAUGAGAUAUCCACCGGCCUUGCCCUCAUAACCAAACUCGAACAGUUAGCCGUCCUCACAAAGGAUAAAGUGGAUGAUGUGAUUGAAAACUUGAAUUUGGUGAAUAGGAAGGAUUUGCAAAAUGAACUGGAGCAAUAUAAAUUACAAUUUAUUACAAGAUCAACAGAUUGGCAAGUAGGGGGGCCAAUAGCCCAACCAAUGAGUGCACAGUUUCAGCAGAAUAACGGAUACCAGUCGGCAGCUUACAACGCACAAAAUCAGCCGGUUGUAAUGGGAGACGAUCUUAGUACAGAGUUUGACAUCAUUGUCGAGAACAUCGGCCGUGACUGGCGACAGCUAGCAAGACGUCUAGGUCUGAGUGAGGUCGACAUCGAGUGCAUCACGGAGAGCCAUGGAAGGAACCUGAGAGAGCAAUCAAGACAGGCCUUGUGGACAUGGAAAAACAGGGUGCGCAGGGAGGCCACGAGGCAGGCCCUUAUCGGUGCUUUAAGGAAGUGCAGGAUGAACUACAUCGCUGACAUUGUUGAAGGGUUCAUCAAGCAGUGAGGAUAUUGUCAAAGAGUUUGUCAAACUUUGAAGACGUUGUUAUGGGUAUAUUCGUUCGUUCGUUUAUGUUUCCGUAGAUCAAGAUAAGUUCAACGUUCCUAAAUUAAAUUUUGAUCUUCGGAGUUGUUGCUACAACCGCCCGUGUCAGACAUGUUGCCCAGGGGUGCGAGAUAGGACUCUUGGGUUUAUUAGGCAGUAAGACUUAUUUAUUUUGAUGAAGUUGUGAAGGCACUGCGUAGACCUGGAAAGCUUCAUCAAGUCAUUUGGACCUUGAUAAAAGGUUCUUCCAGAAAUAAAGAUUUUGUCUGAUGGAGUCAACAAGCAGUGAGGACAUUGUCAAGGAGUUUGUCAAACCUUGAAGACGUUGUUUAUGGCUUUAUUAGGCAGUAAAGACUUAUCAAGAAUUUUUUGGUGAUGUAAUGAAGGCUGGAAAGCUUCAUCAAAACAUUUGGACCUUGAUAAAAGGUUCUUCCAGAAAUAAAGAUAUUGGUUGAUGGAUUCAUCAAGCGGUGAGGACAUUGUCAAGGAGUUUGUCAAUCCCUGAAGACGUUGUUAAUGGGUUUAUUAGGCAGGCAGUGAAGAAUUAUCAAGGAUCUUAUUUUCAUGAUGUUGUGAAGGCACUGCGUAGACCUGGAAAGCUUCAUCAAGCCAUUUGGACCUUGAUAAAAAGUUCUUCAAGGAAUAGAGAUAUUGUC